UACUGACACACCUGGGGACUCUAGCAGUAGAGCUGGACACAUAGGGCUCCUCUCCUCCUGUCAGUGAGCGCUGCCAGAUGCAGCCAUGUUGGAAAAACUCAGGCUCCAGCAGCAGCAGCAGCAGCAGCGCUAAGAGCUAACGUCAGUGGACACCGACAACCGGGCACGGCGCUGUUGUGGACACAAACAGACAGGGAGAGAGACACAUAACGGAGAGAUAAACCACCAAGCCGGUUCUAAUAUCAGCAGAUGUAUCUGCAAAUUUCAAGCCUACUGGCUGGGAAAAGCACUCGUUUGAGGAGAGUAGGUGCUGCUGGUCUUCGUGGCUAAAACGGGGGGGUUUGCGUCAACGCUGCCCUGUCCUCUUCUGUUUUCCUGCCUCUUUCCAAUUUAUUUCCUGCCUUUCCAUGAGUUUUGACCCUGAUCACAUCCUUGUACCCACCCGAUAGCAGCGGCCAAUCUGCAAGCACUGUGCACAUAUGAAGAAUCUUUCUCACGUUAGUUGCACUGAUAAGUAGAAUUCUUCAUUUUUAUACACUUGGUGAACUUGUACUUUUCAGUGGUUUUGUUUGGAUGGGGAAGCCAACACUGAGCAUGUUGGAUCGAUCCUUUCACUUGUCUGCUUUCAGUCAGGGCCAGAUAAGACAGAUGGGAAGUGAAGUGGGAAGAGAAGAGGAGAAGGAAGCGGCUGUUUGGAAAUGAAACUCGGCCUCAAGGUGUGUCAGUCCAAAGCAGUCAGUGGGCGGGUGUUUUCCCUCUCCUAUAACUGACAGCGUUACAGUACAACUAGGAAGUGGAGAGACAGGAGAGGGACACAUAAGGGCACACAUAAGCGGAGGGUCAGUCCUCUGUGUACUGACUGCCAACAUGCAGUUCUGGGAUUUCCUGGGCUGCGCCAAUGCAGAUAUUUCCCGAAUAUCACACUACUCUGAAUAUGAUGGCCAGUUAGCCCCAGCAGGAGUAACUGAGGCAGGCAUGGCAUCGUCUUCCUACUUGGAGCCCAACCUCAAUCACUCUGCAGUGGGUUGUGGGGUUAAAUCUCGGUCUGGGAUGCCCAGUGCUCCCGGUGUUGGUACCAGUGGCUCUGCUGGAGGUCUAGAGCGUCCACCAGGCUCCAUGGACCGGGUUCUCAAGAUCUUCCAUUACUUUGAGACAAACAGUGAACCAUGUACUUGGGCAAGUAAUAUCAGACAUGGGGAUGCAACAGAUGUCCGGGGUGUUAUCCAGAAGAUAGCAGAGAUCCACAAACUGCGCUGUGUGUCUUCUCUGGGUCUCCGUCUGACACAUCUGCACUCUGAUGCUCUCCACUGGUUACACCCUGAUUUAGGCGUUUGUCACAUUAGGGAGAAGUAUGAGAAACAGCACCCACAGGAGGAGUGGAGGUAUGAGUUGCGGAUGCGGUACCUUCCUAAGGGUUACCUCAGCCAUUUCUCUGAAGACAAACCCUCUCUCAACUACCUCUAUCACCAGGUAAAGAGUGACUACAUGCAACAUAUAGCUGAUCAGGUGGAACAAGAUGUUGCUUUGAAACUAGGCUGUUUGGAAAUCAGGAGGUUCUUCAGAGAGAUGCCAGGCAAUGCCUUGGAUAAGAAAUCUAACUAUGAACUACUAGAGAAAGAUGUUGGCUUGAGAAGAUUUUUCCCCAAAAGCCUCCUGGACUCUCUCAAGGCAAAGACUCUUCGUAAACAGAUCCAGCAGACCUUUAAACAGUUUGCUAACCUAAAUGAUGAGCAAAGCAUCCACAAGUUCUUCGAAAUACUCACUCCCAUCUACCGCUUUGACAAGGAGUGCUUCAAAUGUGCUUUAGGGUCUAGCUGGGUAAUAUCAGUGGAGUUAGCUAUUGGGCCAGAGGAAGGAAUCAGCUACCUCACAGACAAGGGCUCAACGCCCACACACUUAGCUAACUUUAACCAGGUACAGUCCAUCCAAUACUCCGCUUUGGAAGAGAAGGACAGAAAAGGCAUGCUGCAGCUCAACGUGGCCGGAGCUCCAGAGCCACUCACAGUCACCACAGCAUCCCUGACUACAGCAGAAAACAUGGCUGACUUGAUUGACGGCUACUGUCGGCUGGUCUCCUCAGCUAGUCACUCCUUUAUUGUCAGAGUCACUAAAGAAGGAGACAGAGCUUUGCCUUCUAUACCAAAAGUUUCGAAUCACGAGAAGCGCAUGGACAAACGGAUGGAUGGCGUACGAGCCAGAGCUGUUUGUGUCUCCGGUCACACUAGUGGCGAUGAAACGGACGACUACGCUGAGAUCAUAGACGAGGAGGACACCUACACAAUGCCUUCAAAAUACUAUGGACUAGAUCAAGCACGAGACUAUGAGAUUCAGAGGGAUCGUAUUGAGUUGGGCCGCUGCAUCGGUGAGGGUCAGUUUGGAGACGUCCACCAAGGGGUCUACAUCAGCCCGGAGAACCCAGCUCUGUCUGUGGCAGUGAAGACGUGUAAGAACUCGACGUCAGACAGCGUGAGGGAAAAGUUUCUCCAAGAAGCAUUGACCAUGCGUCAGUUUGACCAUCCUCAUAUCGUGAAGCUUAUGGGGGUCAUCACAGAGAAUCCAGUCUGGAUUAUUAUGGAGCUUUGCACACUUGGAGAGUUACGGUCAUUCCUGCAGGUGAGGAAGUACAGUCUGGACUUGGCCACUCUCAUCCUCUACUCCUAUCAGCUCAGCACAGCGCUGGCAUAUCUGGAGAGCAAACGAUUUGUACACAGGGACAUCGCAGCGAGAAACGUGUUAGUGUCUACGGUCGACUGCGUUAAGCUUGGGGACUUUGGUCUGUCACGAUACAUGGAAGACAGCUCUUACUACAAAGCCUCUAAAGGUAAACUGCCUAUUAAAUGGAUGGCUCCAGAAUCCAUCAACUUCAGACGAUUUACUACAGCUAGUGAUGUCUGGAUGUUUGGUGUCUGCAUGUGGGAGAUUCUAAUGUAUGGCAUCAAGCCUUUCCAGGGUGUAAAGAACAACGAUGUCAUAGGCAGGAUAGAGAACGGUGAGCGUCUGGCGAUGCCUCCGCAGUGCCCUCCUACUCUCUACAGCUUGAUGACAAAGUGUUGGUCGUAUGAUCCCAGUAAGAGGCCGCGCUUCAAUGAACUCAAAACACAACUGAGCACUAUAUUAGAAGAGGAGAAGAUCCAGCAGAAGGAGAGGAACAGGAUGGAGAUGAGGAGGCAGGUCACUGUUUCUUGGGACUCUGGAGGGUCUGAUGAAGCACCACCAAAACCGAGUAGACCCGGCUAUCCCAGUCCUCGCUCAAGUGAAGGAUUUUACCCCAGUCCCCAGCAUCCGGGACACUACCAGAUGGCAGCAUAUCCUGGCCCCCACACCCUCCCCUCGGUGCCCAGUGCCCUGUAUCCCCCACAGGCUGCAAUGCUGGACACACACCAUGCGCACACACACCCUCGCCAUCAUGUCCACACUCACUUGCACACGCAGCACCUUCCCCAGCCAGGACAGGAUGUGGCACUAUGGGGCUCAGCGAUGGAGGACAGGGCAGUAGACAUGCAGCAGUGUGUAGAACAGCAGUGCCUGUUAAUGGAGGAACAGCUGAUGAUACAACAACAGCAGAUGGAGGAGGAUCAGAGGUGGCUGGAACAGGAGGAAAGGCUGCUGAAACCAGACACCAGAAGUUCUAGAGGGAGUCUGGACAGAGAAGAAGGUGGACUCCAACCACCAACAGGAAACCAGCACAUAUACCAGCCUGUUGGCAAACCAGAGCUUGCCGCUCCCCCAAAGAAACCCCCUCGGCCUGGAGCCCAGAGCCAGGGGGGCAGUCUAGCCUGCUUAAAUAGUGGAGACAGUUACAACGAUGGAGUUAAGCCCUGGCGGCUGCAGCCCCAGGAGAUAAGCCCGCCCCCCACCGCCAACCUGGACCGCUCUAAUGACAAGGUGUACGAGAACGUGACAGGACUGGUCAAAGCUGUGAUCGAGAUGUCGAGCAAGAUCCAACCCGCUCCUCCUGAGGAAUAUGUUCCCAUGGUCAAGGAUGUGGGUCUGGCUUUGAGGACAUUAUUGGCCACAGUGGAUGAGACUCUACCACAGCUUCCAGCCAGUACACACAGAGAGAUCGAGAUGGCUCAGAAGCUGUUAAACUCAGAUCUGGCAGAGCUGAUUGGAAAGAUGAAGUUAGCCCAGCAGUAUGUGAUGACUAGUCUCCAGCAGGACUAUAAGAAGCAGAUGUUGACGGCAGCUCACGCUCUCGCUGUCGAUGCCAAGAACCUGCUGGAUGUUAUCGACCAGUCGCGGCUCAAAAUGAUGGCCCAGUCCCGCCCCCACUAGCCCCACACCAGCUCAGCUGACCAACAGGAGCCAGUCUGCUCUGUGAGAGGCAGCAUCAUUGUGGCUUCUCUUGGCAGUGAACAUCAAAAGACUCCUGCAAUUGUGAUGUCUGUCGUGACUCCUGAGAGAGCUGAUGAGGAAAACAGUGGCUCUGAUACAGACUGUGAAGAAUCAUUAGAUGGUGAAUACUGUGUAAGCUGAGGUAGACAGUUCAUCUGGGAUUGAAGUCUCCACCACUGUGACUUUGUUAGUGCAAGAACAGAGCAAAAACACUUCCUGAAUCAGGGACUUUGCAGCUUCACUUUCUUUGGACGGGAAUACAAUGAAAAAGGAGGAAAAGCAAAGAGGAAUAUGCUGGUGAUUUUCUUUAAGCAUUUGGAUGAGAUGAGCCUGGUUCCUGAGGCUGGAGGUUUAAAAGCCUCUGACUGUCAUCGGAGCGAUUGGAUACUGGAACAGUGACAUCGGGUGGAUCCAUUUCAAUGGAAUACAACUUUUAACUAAAGCCAUCAGAACCUGAUUGAUCUGCAUUUGAUCCGCAACAUAUCUGCAUGAAACUGCACAGUGGGUACAGACUUAGACAUCAGCCAGCAGCAGUUAUAGUACAUUUGUUCAACGCUGGAUGUGAAAUGAACUCCGUGGUUGAAAUACCUCCACGGAUUCUUUUGAAUGGGCAGAUCAAACCAAACUAGAGCCAGCUCUCUGUUGGGCUUUGGUCAGGUGUGGUGCUUUGAGUGGAAGAACAUCCACACAUUCCUGGUUUGAUCUGGAGAAGCAGCCUCCCACCCUCUAUUGCUCCUCCCUCUCCUCCCUUUCAUCCAUUGCUGUCUUCCCUCACCCGGUUUUAUUUAUAGACUGUAAUUGCAAUGGAGGAGACUGAAGGAGACAUGGACGAGCAGAUUAAAAACUUGAGCUAACUGUCCUCCUCUUUCGUCUCUGUUUCACUCACAUUUAUUUCUCUCUCACUGCUCCUCUCCUUCCUGCAGUCUUCCUCAGCUCCUCUCUGAGCAUGUUUUAAAGACUCAAAAUGUGAAGAAUCCACAGAUAUAAGGCUCCCUACUAGCACUCGAUAUAGUCGACUCUUUUUAUCAGCUGGCUCCAUGUUUUUGUGUUGUUCUGAGCAGCUCCUCCUCUGAAAAACAAUAUUCACUCCCAGCACUGGGAGAACAGGAGAACAUCGGGCUCAUCACAGAGCUCAACUUAAACUAUAUCUGUGAGGACAGUGUCUCCUUUGUGUGUCCGCUCUACGUAUAUUGCCCCAGUGUUGGUCUGAUGUUCCUCACAUAAGACUGGUGUCACACCUUUAACGGUCCAUCACCCACCAGUGGCACACAGUGAAUUUCCUGAGGAUACACCCAGACCUCACAUCUGGAACCUUUGUGCUCUGUGCUCCAGUUUCUGACAGGUGUAACACUCACAGCUGUCCCUAGGGAAACAAACACACACGAAUGUGGAGCCACUUGACCAGAACUUGUCUUUCAGACACAAAAUGCUAAAGUGGAAAUACAGCAGAUCAUGUUUUUGUUAAUACUGACCCCACAUGGAGUAUAAUGUACUGCAAUAUAAAAUAUACUGGCGACUCUACUAGUAUAGCAUGAUAUACUGGUAUGGAGAAGAGCAAAUUUUGCACAGCACCAAAAAAUUCUGAUUUUUUUUUUUUAACCCUGUUAUACUCAGAUUUGAUUUCCAUGUUUCACCAGCAGUGAAACUAUCAAACAUCUGGGUGUUAGAAUAGGGAUUAAAAAUGUAAAAAUAAGUCUAUUUUAUUUCCUUGUUGCGUAAAUCUGCUCAUGUUGGUAUAUUGUAAGCUAUACUGGUGUGUACCACUGGUGAAUUGUACAGAACUUGUACUAGUUAACACUGGUUUUUAUUUUGUCUUCUGGGCUAAAUCUGCCAUCCUGUCAAAUAGGAGGGAAAAAAACCAAAACAAUGAAAUAAAAUAAUAACAAAAUGGAAAUCAGACGGUUCACAUUCAUCUUUUUUUUUCCAUUAAUUAAUUUUCAGGUUUUAUACCUCCAGUGUCUGGAACUACAGAGUUUUCAUUUCAUGGUACUACUGGC